AUGAGUACUCAUAGACAAAAUCAUCGCCCUUUCAAUAAUCGCACCCAUAAUCAUUCUUCACCCAAUUAUUAUCAUGGCAGUCAUCAACAACAACGACGCUAUAAUCAGCGUAACAAUCGAAUGCGCCCCAGUUAUCAGUCUUCUCGACAAAAUCACUACAGCAAUAAUCACAAUGUUCAUAAUAAUCUGCGCACGAAUAAUUAUUCGUCGUUCGGGGGUAAUAGUUCUUAUACAACAGUGAAUCAUGAGGACUUUGAUCGACAAAAUCACAACAACAACAAUCAGAACGUUCAUAGUAAUCCACACACGAAUAAUUAUUUGUCGUAUGGGGUUAGUAGUUCUUAUACGACAACGAAUCAUGAGGACUUUGCGCAACAACAUUGGGAUCAAAAUCAAUAUCGAACCCCUGUUUUUCAACCUCCUCUAUCGUACUACCCGAUGGGUAUGGUCUUUCCAUCGAUUGUAGUAAACAAUCAUAGUCGAUACUAUCCUGUGCCACGUUAUGAACUGAUUGAUGAUGUCUAUAUCGCUACUGAUCCGACUGAGUUAAUCGAGACUAGUAGAAUGUUAGAUCAUAGAAACUUCAUCACUAGUCAACUGGUUGACUCUCUGUAUGACUAUGUAUCUCAUCUUAUGGAUGACAUGGAUAUUCGUGAUGAGGACGAUGACGAUGUAUUAAAGUAUUUGAAAAUAAGAACUCAUUCUUCUCCUGCCAAAGAUGGAGUCGACCCCGAUGUAGUUGCUGAUUCAGAAUCAGAAAUCUGUGCUAUAUGCCAAUCUGAAUUUGAACACGAAGAUAGUAUCGGAACAUUGCAGUGUGGACAUAAGUAUCAUAUGGACUGCAUCAGACGGUGGCAGAUGAGGAAGAAAGAUUGUCCCAUGUGCAGAGCUUCGGUUUUGCCUUCACAAGAACAGAGAUUAUAG